AUCUACUUUUCAUUAUGGGUAAAAACAAGGAUAGAUCAAGUAAAAAAAAAGCAUCCAAAGUGAAAUCUGAACACACUGAACAACCUGUUCAUGACACAUUGGCUGAUAUCAAGCUCGAAACGAUUGAACCCGAGACUGACAUCAAACUCGAAACAAUCAAAGAGCCUAAAGAAGAGGCUGUUGAAGUACAGAUUAUUGAAAGACAAGAUCCUUCUCAAGAGUAUAAAAGACCUGAAUUAUUAGAACAAGCUAUCAAAGAAAUUGAAGCUGAAGUAGCUGCUAAACAAGCAGAGGAUGCUUCUUCUUCUUCAGAAAGUGAAUCAGACGAUGAUGAAGAUGAAGAUGCUCGACUAUUGACACCUGCUGUUGAUUCUGACAUCUUUCGUACCAUUGCUGCCAUUCGUGCUAAAGAUCCUCGUGUCUAUGAAGAAUCACACAAGUUUUUCCAAGAUAAACCAGUCAAGACUGCAUCUGUCAAGAAAGAAAAGAAAGUCACUUUAAAGGAUUAUGAAAGAGAUAUGCUUCUAAAGCACGGUGGAUUUGUCGAUGAAGAACAAGAAAACAAAGUUGGAUUGACUCAUCAAGAAGAACAGGAACAAUUGAAGAAUGCAUUCAAGACUGCUGCUGAUGAUGAUGGUCACUCAGAGGAUGAAGACGAAGGCUUUUUAACACAGAAACAAAAGAGUGCUGAAGAAUUAGAAGCAGAAGAAAAAGAUUACAGUAAAUUCUUAUUGGAGCAAAUGAAGGCUGACGAACAUUCAAAACAAGCUUUUGAGGAAUGGAGUAAUUUCAAGAACAACCCUAAUAUCAAUGAAGAAGAUGCUUUCUUGAUGGAUUAUGUUCUGAACCGUGGUUGGGUUGAAAAAGACAAUCAACCUGUGCCUUUGGAUGAUGCAGAAGAUAAAGAGAAAGAUGAAGAAUUCCUAGAUAAUGUAGAUCGAUUUGAGACAAAGUACAACUACCGCUUUGAAGAAGAAGGCGCUUAUCAGAUCUUGACUUAUGCACGUGAUGUAGAAGGAUCUGUGCGUCGUAAACAAAGCAAGCGUGCCAGAAAAAGAGAACGCGAAAAGCUUAAGAAGGCAGCCAUGAAGGAACAAAAGAUGGAAGAAAUCAAGCAUCAAAAGAAUGUCAAGAUGAAGGAGAUUCGUGAUAAACUGAAGGAAAUCAGUGACAUUACUGGUGUAAAGGCACUUGGAUUAGAAGACAUCAAUUUGGAUAAUGAUGAUGACUUUGAUCCUUCUACUUUUGAUGCUCAAAUGAAUAACAUGUAUGAUGAUGAAUUCUACCAAGCACAAGAAGGAGAAGAAAAUGUUAAGCCUGAAUGGAAUGAUGAUAUUGAUGCUGGAUUUGAUAUGGAUGCAGACUAUAUUUCAUUAGAUGAUACUGAAAAGAAACAACGCGUCAAGGAGAACAAAGAAAAGAUCAAUGCUCUGAUGGAUGAAUACUACAAACUGAAUUAUGAAGAUGUGAUUGGUGGAGAUGUAUUCACUCGAUUCAAGUACGCAAAGACUGAAAAAGAAGAUUAUGGCUUAACACCUGAAGAAAUCUUGUUGGCAGAUGAUGCUGAACUCAACAAAUACAUUGGGUUAAAGGCAUUAGCACCUUAUCGCCCUGAAAAUAAACACAAGAAUGAACAGCGUAUCUUUAGAAAGAAUAAGGAAAAGAAGUUGGAACUGUUCCAUAAGCAUCUCAAGAAGGCUUAUAAAAAAGUAGAGAAAGAAAAAGCACAUAUUGAACAAUUAAACAAGAAACGCAAGGGAUACAGCAAACAAGGUGGUACAAGUAAAAGAGUAAAAUUUGCUCAUGACGUUAAAGAGGAUUAAUUCAUUAUACACACACACACACACACACACACACACACACACACUUUCAUGUCUACAUUUACAUUUUAUAUAUCAUUAAAACACACA